CAGGAUUAAAGCAUGUCCCGAAAGCUACAGGAGGAGAAGGAGGACAGUUCUCCAGUUAAUAAUAGCCCAGUAACAUAUCAGGACGUCUUCUACCAUAUAUCAGUGAUGCCUUCCUCAAAGAGCUCCAUUCACUGGACUUUGUCAGAGUUAUUCGGCCAGCGGAGGCUGUUAGGAUUCGGCGCUGUACUGGCAUGGCUCAUCCUAUUCCAUCUCCUGGUGAAUGUAUGGCUGCUCUGUAUCUUCACCAGUCUUUUGGUGGUUCUCGGCGGUUGGCUUGGGUCCCGUGCUGCCCUGGAUGCUAACAGUUUCUUACAUUUGGAACAUUUUUUGCCCCAGGGGAAAGUUAACCCUCCUGUAUGUUCCCCUGAGCAUGAGUGGAGGCUAAACCAUGAGAUUCACUGUGCUGUCCACAAAGCAGUACGUGACUUUGUGUCUUCGUGGUAUCGAACUCUGCUUCCUGAGGUGGAAGGAGAGUUUGAACAAGUGGUGUGUCACUCAAUGCUGGAGUCUGUGAUGGAACUGAAGGAACGUGCACGGCGAGUGGACAGGAAAGCUCUGGCUCAGCGGCUGCUAGAGCUGUAUGGCUGUCACCUGCAGAGCUACAUGACUGUAAGGCAGAUCCAGUCUGCACAGAAAGAGAGCAGUGGCCUGUGGCAGCUCUAUAGUAAAGUCGAGUCACCUCAUCUGGCUGUGAGCAAUUCAACCACUGAGCUCAAUUACUCCAGAGCUCUGGUUAAACUUGUGUUGCAUGUUCUUGUCCCAUAUCCUCAGAUGGAAACCAGGACUGGAGGUUGCAUGGUGACAGAGCUCAUCACCUGCAAUGUGCUGUUACCAUUAAUAAAGAGGGUUUCCGAUCCAGACUGGCUCAAUCAGACCAUUGUGGACAUAUUCACCAGAACCAGAGAAGCACAAGAUAUUAUUGUGGAUGACCCCUCUGUCGAUGCACUGUACAAAUGUCAUGAACAGCAGGAGUCCUGGACUACCUGCAAGUCAUUGUCUAUCUCUGAUCAGGCUGUUUUCAGCUGCAAAUACACCUCUGAUGAUGUAGAUAAGUCUCAGAGCGAGAGUGCAGUCUCUGGAUCGGACCCGUCUCAAAGCAGUCUAGUCAGCCUGACAUCUGCCGGACAAACAUCCAGUUACCAAGCAAGUUUAAACACACCAUCUAAGUUGAACUGCUGUUCACUCACUUCAGGCCAGUUUUCUCAGUCAUCAGAGUCCAAAAUAGUUUCUGGUGACCCGCUUAUUCAAUCAGACUCAGACGAUGACCUAACAGGAGGUGUUUGUGACUGUGCUCCCAACACCAACCUCUGCAACCUUCUCCCUGUAAACGAUGGAGAAGCCUUUGGUUGUUUUCGAUCACUGAGAAAUCUUGGAUUGAAGGUUGAACCCAAAGACUCCCAGUGGCCAGCAGGCAUUUCACAAGAGAAAUCCCCAGCUUGCCCCCGAAGAAAGCUUUGUCUGACCCCAUACAACUUUGAUGCCUCUAGCAGCCCGAAUACAACUUCAUUCAGAAUUCAGAACGUGCAGAUUUCCGCUACAGUCAACGUGAAGGAGCAGCGAAACACAGGCACACAUCCCUGCACACUCUACACUAUAAAGUUUGAGAUGGUGGCUGAUGGUGCUGCUGCAUCUCCGGCAGUCUGUCGUGCUGUCGACCGCAGACACAGUGAGUUCCUCAACCUGCAAGCACGCUUAGAGGAGAGGCCGGAGCUCAAGAAGCUAAUCAAAAAUGUCAAAGGCCCAAAGAAAAUAUUCACUGACCUUCCCUUUGGCAGCCAGGAAAGUGAGAAAGCUGAAGCUCGUAAAAGUCAGCUGGAUGCCUUCCUGAAGCACUUAAGCAGCAAUCCUGAGACAGCAAACAGUGAAGACAUGCAGGAGUUCCUGGCUAUCAACUCAGAUGUCUGCACUUAUUUUGGAAGCAAGCCAUUAACAAAGUCAAGAAUUGAUAAGAUGAUGGAAAAUGCUUUAGAUACUCUGAGGACAGCUUUCCCUCAUCCGGAGCUUCUCAGUCCAACCGAGGACAUUGAGGGGGAUGCUGACGGGAGAACGAUGGACUACAGAAAGUACAGGAGGCUUUUCCCAAGUAAAAUUUCUACAUCCCUAAAUAUACCAGAUCUCCAUCCUAAAGUGUCAUACUGCUUCAGUGAAGGCAGCUCUGUGCUCAAUGGCAUGUCACUGUAUGGCUUGGAGAGCUUCGUCAGAGAGCAGGAAAGACUUCUGUGUGGGCCAGAUGUAAGAGAAACAACCAAGCAGAGCUAUGAGCUGCAAGCCAAAGACAAGAAAAUAUCAGGGAAAACUCAUGGGACAGACACAGCUGUGGCAGAUGUUGCCUUGAACAUUUUGUGCCUGUUGAUGAAAGAUCAAUGGAGUUGGCUGUGCACUGAGAACAUCCAGAAGGCCAUCAGACUUCUCUUUGGUACCUUCAUUGAAAGAUGGUUGGACAUUGGUGUGGCCCACGUAACCAGCGCCCCCUGCUGGGUGAUUUACCUUCAGGUCUUGCAAGAAGCUGUGUGGCCGAGUGGCACCCUACCUGCUCAACCCCGGCCUGAGCAGAGUGCUGCAGAAAAAAAGGAAACCAAGGAGCGAUGUUUGGACUGCCUAAUGCAGCUGCUUCCUGAGCUAAUAGCUGAUAUGUUGGGUAGCGAGAAAUACAGGCUGAGCUUGGAGACCAUGCUGGAGUCUUUACAAGACCAUCAGAUAAACAAGCAUUUGAUCUACAGCAUCUGUGACCUGCUGCUGGAGUUGCUGAUCCCUGAGUCAUGCGAUGUUGCCUUUCAGAAGUUUCUGCUGCAGAGUCUGGCUAAAGACACAGAGAGAAACAGUAUUCAUAUGUGAUCGAAUAUCUGGAUCACACAGAGUUGUGUCCUGUUGAUGUACAACGUGCAGUAUAGUUGUCUGAUGAAUGUAACAUGGUCAUAAAGGCUAUUGUGUACAAUCACCAUGGAGUCACAGUUUAGAAUAGCAGAAGGUAUUACCUCAGAGUAAAAAAUCGUAAAUACAUUAUAGCAGUGAUGUGAAAAGAGACAGAAAACACAACAACUGUUUUCAUUUUUACUUGAAAUGCACAAAGAUGCAUAAGUAGGACUUACCUAGUUUAAUCUAUCUAUCUAUCUAUCUAUCUAUCUAUCUAUCUAUCUAUCUAUCUAUCUAUCUAUCUAUCUAUCUAUCUAUCUAUCUAUCUAUCUAUCUAUCUAUCUAUCU